AAAAUAAACUCAUGAUUGUUGAUGAUUUCAUGGCUGUCACUGUCUGAGUUUAGCAACCACCGAUGCGUUGUGUUGUAGACUACUCUACACAGGAUGUAUUUCACUAAAUUAACCUAAAUAGGCUAUUUUAUUCUAAGUUAGUAUUAUUUUUUCUAUUAAAAAUCUUGAUCUAAUCUAGACACUAAACCUGUUAUACAAUGCCAACGGACAAAAAAUAUUCCGAUAAUAUUCAAAACGUUAAUCUACAACAUCUUUCGGUUUCCGAGCUGAAACACAUUUUACGAUCUUUCGGAAGAACAACAAAAGGCAGAAAGUCGGUUUUGCGUGUUCAGUUGGCCUUUUUUUGAUUGCAUCGCUGUCUUUGUUUUAUGUUCAAGCCUUGAUAUCACUGUGUAUGAUAUAGUUGUUGUUUUAUUCAGAGUUUCCCUUUGUUCAGGUUGGCAGAAUUAAAGAGCACCAGAAACAGCCUGCAAGUAGCUCGACUAUGGCCAAAAACAAUGACGCAAGGAGCACUGAGUCAGCAACCUUCCCGCGCCAGCGUAAAUCAACCAAUGGUCUUCACACGUCACCCUCUGAGGUACAGUUUCACACAAUGACACAGUCUUUGGAGUCUGAGAGGAAAGACAGAGAGCGCAUUGUCCUGUGGCGACAACCGCUUCUGACACUGCAGUACUUUGUACAGGAGUCAGGAACGUUGAUCUCAAUACUUGCCAAUAGGCUGUAUAGAAGAAAGAAAACAGUGGCCUUAACUUUGUUGUUACUCAUUGUAGCUUACCUGAUCUACCGCAUGGAUGGACCUCAUCAAAAGCUGGUCCAGUCUGUUGAAAAAAAGUUCCUGUGGUGUGCCUACUGGGUGGGACUAGGAAUCCUUUCAUCUGUAGGACUUGGCACAGGUCUGCACACAUUCUUACUAUACCUGGGACCUCACAUUGCAGCUGUCACACUGGCAGCUUAUGAGUGUAAAUCCACAAAAUUCCCUGAGCCUCCUUACCCUAAUGAGAUUAUUUGCCCAGAAGAGCAGGACAACCAAAGCAUGUCCCUGUGGAGCAUCAUGAGUAAAGUUAGAUUAGAGGCCAUUAUGUGGGGAGCAGGUACUGCCAUUGGAGAACUCCCUCCCUACUUUAUGGCCAGGGCAUCACGCCUCUCAGGUGUGGAUAUGGAAGAUGAUGACUUUGAAGAAAUUGAAGAGCUGAUCCAUGAGAAAAAGCGCCACCCUGAGGACAUGGUUUCUCGGAAAGGCUUUUUGGAGAAAGCCAAAUUGUCAAUUCACAAUUUAGUACAGAAAGUUGGCUUCUUUGGGAUACUGGCCUGUGCAUCUAUCCCCAACCCAUUGUUUGAUCUGGCAGGCAUCACUUGUGGCCAUUUUCUCAUUCCAUUUUGGACCUUUUUCGGAGCCACAUUGAUUGGGAAAGCAAUCAUAAAGAUGCAUAUACAGAAACUGUUUGUAAUAUUUAUAUUCAGUGCCCACCAUGUAGAGAGUGUAGUCAAGUUGAUUGGGUAUAUACCUCAUUUUGGGCCUCUUGCCCAAAAGCCAUUUCUAGAAUAUCUGGAGCACCAAAAGUUAAAACUCCAUCACAAGCCUGGAGUGGGACAAGAAGAAGGAGGAGGCAACAUUCUGUCCUGGUGCUUUGAGAAGCUGGUGAUGGUGAUGGUUCUGUACUUCAUCCUCUCCAUUUUCAACUCCAUGGCCCAGAACUAUCACAAGAGACUAUGCAAAAGUAAGCGUGCCUCCAGUAAGAAAGGGGCCUCCCAUUGAGAGGAGAAACAGCCACUUGUAGUAUUAGCCCCAAGCUCAAGGGGGUGUGAUGAAAUGGUUAUUUUUAUUUUUAGCCUUUCUUGGGUGUGUGUUUGUGUGCAUGUAUGACUGGCUAGGGAGCAGUGAACUUAAAGAAUAAAUUGUUUUAAUUUUGUUGCCGCUAUUGAGAACCUUUUUUUUUUAUCUCAGACUUUCAUUUAAAAUUGGCUAUUUCGAAGAUCAUUGUUGAUUUGAUUUUGUGUUGAUUGUAUGUUAAUCUAGUGUUUAGAAAAGGCCCAUGAAUAUGAUUAUUACAUGCUGAAGUUAUGUGACAAUGUUUUGAAGAAAUCAAAUCAAUUCUCUUCUAAGCAAUAUUGUAUACAAAUAUUUUAUACUUGUAUGGGUGUUGUGUAUUUCUUAAAUCUUGUCAUUCAUGUUUGAAAAUGUAGGAAUAUCAUUUUAGUUUAUUUUUCUACCCUGUUUUUUAGAAUGGGUAUUUUUUUUUAGUAUGGGUGCUGUACUGGAUACACCUAUGUUAUCAUGCUAGAAUUAAUUAUCUUUAUUCAUAUCAAUAUUCUUUAAGAUCAUAACAUUUUCAUUUGAUUUCACAUCACUUUUGUCAAAGUAAUUGAAAUGUAGCAUUAGGUUUUAAAAUCUCUGGAAUAUUUGUGUCUAUAGUUGAAAGUUGGAAUUAUCUUUCAAUAUUUUUAGCUUUGUUAGAGAUAAAAAACAACAAUUAAUUGAAUAGGUGUAGGUGUAUCAUUAGUAAAGACAAAUCUUCUGUUCCUGGCACUCAAAACCCUGGGUUGGCAUUCAUGUGUCCUGCUCACAGAAGUUAGUUGACCAAGCACGAGACUUGAAUUGAAAUUUUGAAAUAGUAGAUUGCCUUUGAAUUCAGGUUUAGUAUUUUUUUCUUCUUUUACAUUGUACAAAACAUUUGCACCCUAUUUAGCAAGCUUGGACUUUAGUAAAUGACAAUAUAGUGAUACUACUGAUGAAGUUUGAAGUGUUUAGAUGUAUAGGUUUGGUAGCCUUGUUUUGAUUAUUUUCUACCUCCUUUUGUCUUGAAUUAAAAAACAACCUCCAGUGAUAUUCACAAUUCCCUUUAAUGAUAGCUCCAAUGUAAACAGGGCAGCCAUUUCAUGAAGUAAAGAGUUAGGGCUCCAACAGAUACAUUCCCUUCAUCAAGAACAACUCAGAACAAACCAGUUUCUUUUGUUAGUCUCACAUAUCUUGAGUGUUUACACACAGUUUUCAUGUCAUACUAGCUAAGAUUUGUAUUGCUAGAGAUCUAUUGUAGUUUAGGUCAGGUUGUUGGGCCAUUGAUCACCAGUCAGAUGUAUGAUGCUGUUCAAUACGUUUGUCUUUCAAAUGAUGUCCAGUAAGUUUCUCUUUCAGAUGUUUGAUGUUGCCCUAUAAAGAUAAGUAUUUCCUUUUGUCACCAUUUUCUCUUUUAUGAUUCCUGGUGUGUUUAUUUUAUGAUCAGUUUUUAUUAAGGUGUUUAUAGUAAUUGACCAACUUCAUCUCUCUGAACUUACAUGAUUUUGAAUGCUAUCUUUCUUAAAUGUAGUCCUGUCUUGUAGGCUGGACCACUGGAACAUGAAUUGUAAAUGCAGUUAGCGAGAUGCUAUUUUGUAAUAAACUAACUUUUUUUUUUACAUGUUGCUAUCUAGUUUGAAGAAUUCAUUCAUUCAUGUUUCUCUUUGUGUUGUGUUAUGGGUAUUUCUUUUUAUAACUUUUUCCUACGCCUAAACCAGUUGGUAUUGAACAAAUUAAACACAAGCUAUUGAUAAGUAGACACUUUCAGUCUUUGGGUUAUGAAAAAAAAAAGGAAAAAUUGCCAAACCGUUGUCUCUCCUAGUGAAAGCCAAUGAAUAAAUGAGUACUGAUUAGUUCCCUGUCUUUCCCUUUUAUUUUAUACUGUAUUUAAAAUGUGUCCAUUGAUAGAGAUGAUGUUAUUGAAGGUGUAGUGCAUCCUAUGCAUAGAAUACAAUUAAUCAAGAAUAGAACUUACAAUGAAGAAACAUUUUAUAGUAAGUGUUGAUUUUUGUUUGGUUAAAAGUUUAUAUAAUGGCAACACUUGUUCAAUUAGGGGAUGAAUGCCAUUUUUGCUAUGAACUGAACAAAUAUCUUUCUAUGUAUAUAUCAAUGUAAUGUUUGGCAAUAUAUAUAUUAAUAAAUUAAUAUAUAUAUUAAUAAAUAUAUAUAUAUAUACAUUUAUAUAUAUAUAUAUAUAUAUAACAAUAUCUCAUUCCUAUGUAUCCAGUUUUCAGACACUGGUGACUUAUGUAUAUAUAUUGGAUUCCCUCACUGCCUGGAGGUGAAACAAAAGUGUCAUCUCCAUGAUCCUUCUUUCCCCACCCCCCACCCCCAAUCUCCAGACUUAUUUGAUCAUGUGAUUUUGAUUUGUGUGUACUUGUACUUUUAAAAUUUGUAUUGUUUCAUUAGUUUUAUAUUGAAAUCAGAUGAACAUGUUUAUUUCUAUUGUGUUGGGCAGGUGGGACUUUUUGCCUUGAUUUUUUUUUUUGGGGCUGGUUUGUUUAAUUGCAGUAAAGAACAGAAAAGUGUCAUUUAGUCCAGUAGCAUUAGUUCCUCUACCAUGGAACAUUCUGGGAAGUCAUAGUAAAAUGGAAUUUCAAUACAGCUAUGACCUUGGUGGUUUAAGUGUCAAACUCAGCUUCCCACCCAAAUCUCUGUAGAGGGUUCAGAUAUCCCUAUCAGACCUUGUGAUCUAGGAGGCAGUUGAUGUACAGAUUAUCUGUUCCUAUGGCUUAUGGUUAACCAGGGUGUCAUGUGGCCAGCACAACCACCAAGGGCCUUUCUUCCCCAACAUAUGUCAAGUACCCAUUUCAGUUGGGUGAACACAUGAGAAGGGGAGGGCUUCCUACAAAUCCCAGAAUUUGAACUUGAAACCCCUUGGUUCAGAAGCAAAAUGCUUUGCCUACCACUCAGCUGUAGUGCCCCUAAAUCCAAUCUCUGUGCCACUUGAUAAUUGUUUAUCUAUAAUUUUGCUAUAAUCAUGAAAAGUAUUAUUAGGGUGGGUUAAAUUUUGAUGAUUGUGAAACAUGCUUGAUGGUCCACAGAAUGAGUGAAGAACUGACACUUACAUUUGAUUCAUAUAUGAUUGUAGUUACUAGAAUUGAUUGUCAAACGUCUAAGUAUAUACAUCAUGAUGUAUGUUAAGUCAAUACUUGGCAGUAGCAAUAGUUUCUCAGAACAAUUGGAGUGACAGACAAAGUAUCUGCAUGAAAUACAAAGUAACUUGUUGCAAAUCAUGUAUUUGAAUAUUAGAAACUUCUCUCACAUAAUUUUGUAAAUGAACCUCAUUGGAUGGAUCCAUGGCCAUCAUCAAAUACUUAGACUAGGACUAUUUCUCCCCCACACUUCCUGAAAGGUUCUAGCUGUGUCUACAGCACUCCUGUAGUUACACUUUUCAAGAAAUGUAUUUGCACCUGUAGAUUUGUUUAGUGGAUGUUUUAAUGAGAGCCAUGUCUGGGACUGCAACAUUGCAUUUUUUUUCUUAUAUUUCUUUUUUUUGAUACAAUUAUUUUCUAUUUUCUUUCUUUGUGUUAGUGAAAAGAAUAUUUUUUUUGCUUUAGCAAUAAUUCUUUUUUAUAAUCAGAUGCUGGACAAACUUUAUUCUGUAAUGUAAUAAUGAAAUGUGGAUGUUUGAAAUAUGUUUGCCAAAAACUUAAACAGGGGAAGUCAUUAUUCAGUUCCAUUGUAUCUGCUCAUUGUCACUAUUAUAUUUAUUGAUUUUGGCUUAUUGAAAUAUGAAACAAAUAGCCAAUAGCAUCAUGGUCACAUCACUCAGUCAUUUUCCCAGAUUGUUAUGUUAACAUUCAGAUUUUUGAGUUCACACACCAAAAAAAAAAAAAAAGUAAUUACAAUUAAAUUUUUUUUUGUUACAAAAGAAUAGAAAAAAGUAGUUCAAUCAAUAAGAGGGCAGUUGGUUGUGAUUCGACCUUGACUAGCAGUUGUGUGAUGUGACCUUGACUAACAGUCAUGUGAUGUGAAAGUUUGGUAUAUAUUUGUAUGACAUUUUCAAAGUGUAUGAGGUUAGUUUCUACAUGUGUAUUUCUUCAUGUUUCAAUGUUCUCUCAGAUUGUAGUGUUCCUUCAUAUGCUGUGUUAUUAAAUGGAAAUGUAGAGUAGAAGCUCCGUCUGGAAUGGGUUGUUUAAUCUGCAGUUAUUUGUAGUAGUCUGAUGGCUGUUGGACAGGAAAAUGCUUUAAUUUCAUCUGUUUGUUACACAGGAUCCUGUUGUCUAAGAUAUUAAAAUCUUUGAGAAACAA